UCGGAUCAGUAUCUAUUUUUCCCCCCCUAUUUCUAAGUAGUAAAAAUUUCUAUAAAAAAAUGUCCCAGCUAAAUUCUAGAAUCCUAGACUCGGCUAGAAGUGUUAUACCUACAUUAAGAAAUUGGUCGAAAAGAUUGUUCGCCAAUGGCGUACCGGAAAGGGUUCCUAUACCGGAAAUGGUUGAGAAACCUCGCAUUGCCAGUGAAUCCCGGGCUAGGCACACCGCGCGAUCACCUUUCGCCAUGUCUCCGAAUCUUUCUGAGGAUGCGAACAAACUGGAGGAUCGUCCACUGCCUCAGCAUGACCCAAUGAAUUUGAUGCCACCGUGGCGCAAGGUAUCGCCUAUGAAUUUAAUAAUUCAGAAGGCUAUUUUAAAUUCGAAGGAAAAGCUGUUUAACUUGGAAAAGGAUUUGGAAAGUACGGACUGCCGCGACACGGACAGGGACAAUACUACACAACGGUUGUGCUGCUUGAUGGCCGAUCACCACAGACUAGAACAGGCUACACAGGACUAUCAGGAUCGGCAAAGGGACUAUAACGAAACAAAACUUAACAUCCACAAUGACAGACCAAGGACGAGGACACAUACGGACGGAGGACGGACAUCAAAACGUGCCUGGGCCAGAGAUCUGGGUCCGCCAGAGGAUCCAAAUUGGCCAGGUUAUACGGAAAAGAUUAGCUCCGAAUCCGCAACGUAUCUUGUCAAUAGCAUGAUCCAGAAUAUGUCACCAAACUUUAGAAAUAUAAAAAACUGGCCCAAGUAUGCUCAACCAAAACGGGAGCCACAGCGUCAUCAGAAACCUGAUGACGCCUCCACAAAAACCAAACCACCGAUUCUGCCUACCCGGAAGCAGAGUAUUUUGAAUAUAAUGCGACCGGAUAUCGGUGAUGCGGCUGCAACUAAGUAUCGUGUUAAUGUCGUUCGAUCCGAUAUUCCUCCGCUAACAUCCCAGCCAAGUCAAACUGCAUUAAAUCUGCACAAAGCCCAGACUUUACAACUCAAUGCUAUGGACCAGCCACGGCGAUACAAUUUCAAGACUCAAUUUUAUAAGCGUAGGUAAAAACCGAGUUGCGACAGAGAGCAACAUUUCAUCGUCUGAACCGAAAUUUUGGGACUUCUGGAAGAAAUUUUAUUUGGAACUACACACUAUCCCCUGAUUUUCAACAAACCAAACGAAUCUCAACUGGACCUCAUCGCAGAGCGCGGAUCGCCAAACAAUCGAUGGCUUGCAUUCGAGGAAGAAAAAGAUUUUUUAAAGGCUGACAAUCAUCGAACUCUUACAACUCUUUUGAUUAUCCUGAUAUCUUUAAAAAAAAU